UAAACAUUGGAGUUGCCUCCCGUGAAUUUCUGUUCUGGGAAAGUGAAAGUCGAUAAGUUAUUCGAUUCAUACAGAACAAAACAUUGAAUUGGGGUUAGAAUUCCACAAUGACUUCCUUUAGAACCGAGACAGACAGCUUUGGGGAGAUACAGGUGCCCAGUGAUAUGUACUAUGGAGCAAACACUGCCAGGUCUAUUAAAAACUUUGACAUUGGUGGAUCUAGAGAGAGGAUGCCUCUUCCGAUCAUCAAAGCGUUUGCUAUUCUGAAGAAGUGUGCAGCCUUGGUUAAUGAGGAGUAUGGACUUGAUACAACAAUUGCCAGCUACAUCGUUAAAGCGGCAGAUGAGAUAAUUGACGGUCAGUUAUGGGAACACUUCCCCCUGGUUGUCUGGCAGACGGGCUCGGGGACUCAGAGCAACAUGAAUGUGAAUGAGGUCAUCAGUAAUCGGGCCAUAGAAAUGAUGGGAGGAGAAAUAGGCUCCAAACAGCCAGUUCAUCCCAAUGACCAUGUUAAUAUGUCCCAGAGUUCUAAUGACACAUUCCCCACAGCCAUGCACAUUGCUGUUGUCCUAGAGGUUCACCAGAGGUUGUUACCAGGGUUACAGACCUUACAUAGAGCCCUAGCAACCAAACAACAAGAGUUCAAGGACAUUGUAAAGAUAGGCAGGACCCAUCUACAGGAUGCCACCCCCUUGUCCCUGGGUCAGGAAUUCAGUGCCUUUGUACAACAGAUUGAGUAUGGAAUACAAAGAGUGAAUGCCACACUUCCACGAAUAUAUGAGCUAGCAGCUGGUGGAACAGCAGUAGGGACAGGACUAAAUACCAGAAUUGGUUUUGCUGAAAAAAUAGCUGCCAGAAUAGCAGAAGAAACUGGGUUUCCUUUUGUGACUGCUCCUAACAAAUUUGAGGCCUUGUCAGCUCAUGAUGCCAUGGUGGAACUCCAUGGAGCUCUGAAUGUGUUGGCCUGCAGUCUCAUGAAAAUAGCCAGUGACAUCAGACUUCUGGGGUCAGGACCUCGUUGUGGGAUCGGUGAACUCUCUCUACCUGAAAAUGAGGCUGGGAGUAGCAUUAUGCCAGGAAAGGUAAAUCCAACACAGUGUGAAGCAGUUACCAUGGUAGCAGCUCAGGUGAUGGGAAACCAUGUUGCCGUGACGGUGGGUGGAAGUAAUGGCCAUUUUCAGUUGAACGUGUUCAAACCAGUGAUCGUCACCAAUGUUUUACAAUCUGUUCGCCUGAUAGGAGACGCCUGUGUAUCAUUUUCCAAAAACUGCAUCGAAGGAAUAGUCCCCAAUACCCAGAAAAUUAACAAACUGCUGAACGAAUCUCUAAUGUUAGUCACUGCCUUAAAUCCACAUAUCGGGUACGAUAACGCCGCUAAGAUUGCCAAACACGCCCAUAUUACAGUGACCACCUUAAAGGACGCUGCUGUUUCACUGAGGCUACUGACCGCUGAGGAAUUUGACCUCAAAGUCCAACCACAUGACAUGCUUGGACCAAAGUAAUAAUCACAUGUUGAAAUUUUCAAAUUUUGAACUCGAUUGUGAAUAACACUGAAACAUAUGAUUAACUUUUUUCGGGGG